CGCGCGGAAACCGAAAUGAAACGUCAGACACCAGCAGGCAGCCAGAGCGCAGAUGUCGCCACUCGAAAAUGAAUCCUUCAAACGUAAACAUGGCUGAUGAUGUGCGGCAAGCCGCCCCGAAAUCGCCCUCGAAUAAUGUUAUAUCGGACAUCAAUCACGAUGAAGCGAUACUCGCACAGGAGAAAGAAAUUGAGCGCGAGAUUGCCGAGCGCAUACCAUUGGUUGACACGAAGCAGGAUUUGUCCAUCCUCGAGAAGGAGUACGCCCUGGACGAUGAGGUCUACCAACAGAAAGUCAAGGACCUCCGCAGCAAGUACCAGUCUAUCCGCAAGACACGGCCAGACGGCAACUGUUUCUUUCGCGCCUUCAGCUUCGCCUACCUGGAAAGCCUGCUGAGUGACCAGCAGGAGUACACAAGGUACAUGAAGAUGUCCUUGCUUGGUCUUGGAACGGGCUGUGCAAGGAUACUAAACCCCAUUUCACACUUAGCAGUCCACUUUCUUGUCGUUACCAAGUGA